AUGAAGAUAUAUGUCAUUGGAGUCAUAGCCCUCACCACACUCAUUGUCCUCAUUUCAUCUCAAAGGCUUGCCACCGGUGGGCAUUCUUUCCGAAAUCACUGGGCUCCCGUACCUGUACCGGGGUCUAAACCGCUCUCAAAUUCGAGGAUAUCGAAUCGAAAAGCAGCUGCAAUAGUUGAGAAUCGACCUCUUGACAAUCUCAUACCAAUCAUCCUCCAUUUCUCAUCCGUCCUGGGUCCAGAAUGGCCUAUUCAUGUAUUUACGAACGAAGAUAAUAUAGGCAACUUUUCAGAGUCAACGCCGUUCCAACGCCAAGUCGCUGAUGGCCGAUUCCAUGUACAAACUCUUCCACGGGGUGAGGCUUUAAACACACAUGCGAGUGUUUCAGGUUUCUUUACCAAGCCUUGGUUUUGGGAGCAGCUCGCGCCUUAUGAGCAUAUAUUAAUAUUCCAGGCAGACACCAUUAUCUGCUCGAACUCACCACAAAAAGUGGAAGAUUUCCUCGAAUACGAUUUUGUUGGGGCGCCUAUAGAUGACGCAAGAGGGAUGGGCAUGGGAUACAAUGGUGGAUUAUCAAUCCGGAAUAGAACCAAGUGUCUAGAAAUUACGAAUAGCUACGACUGGCAGGUCGAGAGACACGGAGAUGGUUCGCAAGGAAAUGUGGACUACGAGGAUCAGUGGUUUUCGAAAAAGAUGAGAGAGUUACCAAAACAGCUUGAUGGGCGGCCUGGGGCGAACCUCCCACCCGCAGAUAUCGCUAUGAAGUUUUCGGUGGAGACUAUGUGGUAUGACAAGCCAUUGGGUUACCAUCAGCCGAAUGUUUGGCAGAACGACCAUAUGGCUGAGAUUCACAAGUGGUGCCCGGAGUAUCGGAUGUGUACGACGGAGACUUUCGCAGAUCAUAAUCCUGAGAACUUCGGGGAUUCUAGUUCAUAA